AUGUCGCUCGACAUUAUCACCAACGCCCUGCGACGCAUCUGCCUUCCGCAGUCCCAGCAGGACCGGCUCAACCUCGCCCUCGGCACCGCCGCCGUACUAGGCAGCACAUUCCUACUGCCUGCCGCGUAUCGUGACUACCGCACCUUCAAGAGCUAUGGCCCUGGCGGGGUACCCGACAAUGUGAUUGGGUGGAUGACGGUGCGCGCGCUGUUCCAACCGUUUGGGAGCGAGAUGCUGAGCACCGAUGUCUAUGUGCGCCGGAUCGAUGCAGCGGAGGGGCAUGGGAGGGGCGACGACGGGUACUUGAAUCUAUCGACAGCGCAGCUGGAGUUGAGGAAGCAAGACGGCCGGCCCGAGGUGGGACCGCAUGUUGUGCCACAGCGACAGUUGACCCAGGUCCCCGAUGAGGAUGUUAUGGAGAAAUUCCGGUCAAGAUUCCACUCCUUCGGUUUGCGCAACUACCACCUGGUCAAGUUCCAGCAAUCCAAUAUCGAAAAAUAUGCCGACGCGAUCUUUCUGGCCGACCACCUCCCCAUCACCGAUCUCGCGACGACCAUGCAGGGCGAGAUUGCGCAUGUCCACUGCGACAAUGAUCACUCAGCGCAUGUUGUUAUGGCACCGGCGGAUUGCAAGAAAAUCAUUGAGGCAGGCUGGGGCCAGCGCCACGCUUUCUCCGGGACCUCCGCCAUGACCUUCCUCAGCCUCGGUACACUGCCCGAUUUCCCAGCCGAGUAUAUCCUGAUCUAUGCCCCGCGCAAUGAUGCGGAGAUUGAGACCGUCAUGGAGAUUCUGUCUGCCUCGAUCAAGUUCAUGACAGGACGGGAGGAUGUUCGAUGA